CGCUCCCUCCUCCCUCUUCUUUGUUGCUUCCACCCCAACAAAAGAACCCGCUCCACACCAUGUCCGAACCAAAGACGGCCAAGCGCGAUUUCUUGAUCGAAAUCGAGAAGCAAUCCCAGAAGGUCUGGGAGGAUCACAAAGCCUUUGAGGUCGACGCACCGACAAUCGAGGAACAUGCUGAUAUUACGACUAUCCAUGAACAUCACCCCAAGUUUCUGUCGACGACCGCCUACCCCUACAUGAACGGACGCCUGCAUCUCGGACACGGAUUCACGUACUCAAAGAUUGAGUUUGCAACGGGAUACCAUCGCUUGCAAGGAAAGAGGGCCCUGUUCCCUAUGGGAUGGCAUUGUACCGGCAUGCCCAUCAGAGCCUGUGCUGACAAGUUGGCCCGCGAGAUGGAGAUGUUCGGCAAGGACUUCGUUAUCCCUGAAGGACAUGAGGAGUCUCUUGAAAUUGAAAAGUUGAACUUAAAGGAGAACGAGAAGGUCGAUCCCACUAAGAUCGUCGCCAAGAAGGGCAAGGUCGCUGCCAAGAACACUGGUCUCAAGUACCAGUUCCAGAUCAUGGAGCAGAGCGGUGUCCCUCGCGAGGAAAUUCCUAAGUUUGCGGAUCCUCUUUACUGGUUGACCUACUUCCCCCCAAUUGCCACUGCUGAUCUGAAGUCCGUUGGCUACAAGCUCGAUACCCGUCGCUCAUUCGUCACCACCGACGCCAACCCUUUCUAUGACGCUUUCAUUCGCUGGCAGUUCAACAAGCUGAGGGCUUUGAAUAAGAUCAAAUUUGGAGAGCGCUACACCAUCUACUCUCCCAAGGAUGGUCAGCCCUGCAUGGAUCACGAUCGUCAGAGCGGAGAGGGCGUUGGACCCCAGGACUACACCUGCAUCAAGCUGAAGGUCUUGGAAUUUGCACCAGAGACCAAGGCUGCUUUGGCUGGAAACAAGGAGAUUGAAGGCAAGCAGGUCUUCAUGGUUGCUGCCACCCUCCGUCCCGAGACCAUGUACGGACAGACCAACUGUUUUGUCGGCGUCGAUCUCAAGUACGGAAUCUUUAAGACCAACAACGCCAACGAACUGUUCUUGAUGACUGAGCGCGCUGCCCGCAACAUGGCCUACCAGAACUUGUCUCCCUCAAACGGCGAGGUCGUCAAGGUCGCUGAUUUGGUCGGUCGUCAGUUGAUUGGUACUCAGGUCAAGGCUCCCUUGACCACAUACCCCUCUAUCUACGUCUUGCCCAUGGAUGGUGUCCUGGCCACCAAGGGUACCGGCGUCGUCGCCUCGGUUCCCUCGGACUCUCCUGAUGAUUAUACCGCGGUCAUGGAUUUGAAAAAGAAACCCGACUACUACAAGAUCCAGCCCGAGUGGAUUGCCUCGUACGAACCCAUCCCCAUUAUCAACACCCCCACCUACGGCGACCUCGCUGCACCCACAAUCUGUGCUCAGAUGAAGAUCAACUCUCAGAAGGACAAGACUCAGUUGGCAUUGGCAAAGGAGGCCGUUUACAAGGAUGGAUUCUACAACGGAGUGAUGGUCAUUGGCGAGUAUGCCGGCAAGCCCGUCCAGGAGGCCAAAUCCUUGGUGCGCCAGCAUUUGAUCGACAGCAACGAGGCUGUUCCUUACAACGAGCCCGAGAACUUGGUCAUGUCCCGCAGUGGAGAGGAGUGUGUCGUCGCCUUGAUGGACCAGUGGUAUUUGGACUAUGGUGAGCCCGAGUGGCGCAAGUUGACCGAGGAGUGCUUGAAGGACAUGAACGUUUACACUGAUGAGACCAGGCACGCAUUCGAGAAGAACUUGGCCUGGUUGAACAAGUGGGCCUGUGCCCGUUCCUAUGGUUUGGGAACCCGCUUGCCUUGGGACCACAACUUCUUGAUCGAGUCGUUGUCGGACUCGACUAUCUAUAUGGCCUACUAUACCAUUGCCGGAUUGCUCCACAAUGGAUCGAUCAACGGCGCUGUUCCUGGACCCUUGGGCAUCAAGGCCGAACAGAUGACCGACCAGGUCUAUGAGUACAUCUUUGCCGAUGGACCUCUCCCCACCGAUAGCGAUAUUCCCAAGGCCUCGUUGGACAAGUUGCGCCGCGAGUUCGAGUACUUCUACCCCUUGGAUGUUCGCACUUCUGGCAAGGAGCUGAUCCCCAAUCACUUGACCUUUGCACUUUAUAAUCACGUUGCUCUCUUCCCCAAGAAGUACUGGCCUCGCAGCAUUCGUGCCAACGGGCACUUGAUGAUGAACGGCGACAAGAUGUCCAAGUCGACCGGUAACUUCCUGGGUCUUGCCGAGGCCGCUGAGAAGUAUGGUGCUGAUGCCACUCGCUUGGCUUUGGCCGAUGCUGGAGACAGUGGAGAGGACGCCAACUUUGAGGACGGUACUGCCAACGCCGCAAUUUUGAAGUUGCACACGUUGAUGGAGUGGAUCCAGGAGACCUUGGCGACCAAGGACCAAUUGAGGACCGGCGAGUACAAUUUCUACGACCUCGUCUUUGAGAGCCAGAUGAACAAGUUGAUCAACCAAGCUGAGGCUGACUACGAAGCGACCUUCUAUCGUGAAGCUGUCAAGUCCGGAUUCUACGAGAUGACGACUGCCCGAGACUUUUACAGAGAGGCGUGCGCGUUGAUGGAGAUCCCCAUGAACCGCGACUUGAUCAUGCGCUACAUCGAGAUCCAGACCUUGGUCAUCUCACCCAUCGUCACGCAUUGGUCUGAGCACGUCUGGAGCAAGUUGCUGGGUAAGAAGGGCUUGGUUGUCAACGCCCGCUGGCCCAAGGCUGGACCAAUCAACGAUACGGUCUUGCAGGAGGUCGAGUACUUGCGUCGUCAGGUCACCAACGUCCGUUCCACAGAGACUCAGGCGAACAAGAAGAAGAAGAAGGGAAAGACUGAUGUGUUUGACCCCUCGAAACCCAAGAAGAUCACGAUCUUGAUCGCCGCCAAAUUCCCCGAGUGGCAGGAGGCCUCGAUUGCGGUCUUGCAGGACGCUUAUAGACCUGACAACACGGAUGGAAAGCUGUUCGAUGAUGAGAAGGUCAAGAAGGAUUUGGGCGCGAAGGGCAUGAUGAAGGACAAAAAGGUGAUGCCAUUCUUGCACGACUUGAAGAAGAAGGCCGAGCAACAGGGAGCCGUGGUGUUCAGCAGGACUUUGUCGUUUGAUGAACCUAAGAUCUUGGACGAGCAUGCGGAGUACUUGAGGAAGAUCCUUGGUUACCAGGACUUGAAGGUCAUCAAGUCGGACGAAGUUGUGAAGGCCACGGAGGGCGAUGCAGACCAGGAAGACUAUGUCCGUGCAGCUGAGCAAUCGGUGCCUGGACAGCCCACUUUUGUUGUCAAGAACAUUGCUGCCUAAAUCAGUCGUCGUCGUCGUCGU